CCUCAAUCUCCGGUCAAUCAUAAAACCACACCGACACACUCUGCUCUACCUCACUCUCACCCGGAGUCAAGACGGACUGAGGCAUCUCACAAACGAAGACUAGCACACCCCAGGCAAAAUGGUGAAAGUUGGAGUUAACGGAUUCGGCCGCAUCGGUCGUCUGGUGACCCGCGCCGCCUUCACCUCAAAGAAGGUGGAGGUCGUGGCCAUCAAUGACCCCUUCAUCGACCUGGAGUACAUGGUCUACAUGUUCAAGUAUGACUCCACCCACGGACGCUUCAAGGGUGAGGUCUCCAUAGACGGCGAUAAGCUGGUCAUCGAUGGACACAAGAUCACCGUUUUCCACGAGAGGGACCCCGCUAACAUUAAAUGGGGCGAUGCUGGUGCUGAUUACGUGGUUGAGUCCACCGGUGUGUUCACCACCAUCGAGAAGGCCUCUGCUCACUUGAAGGGCGGUGCCAAGAGAGUCGUCAUCUCCGCACCCAGCGCCGACGCUCCCAUGUUCGUGAUGGGCGUCAACCACGAGAAGUACGACAACUCCCACAAGGUCGUCAGCAACGCUUCCUGCACCACCAACUGCCUGGCCCCCCUGGCAAAGGUCAUCAACGACAACUUCGUCAUCAUUGAGGGUCUGAUGAGCACAGUUCACGCCAUCACCGCCACCCAGAAGACGGUGGACGGGCCCUCCGGUAAACUGUGGAGGGACGGCCGCGGAGCGAGUCAGAACAUCAUCCCCGCCUCCACCGGCGCCGCCAAGGCCGUCGGGAAGGUCAUCCCUGAGCUCAACGGUAAGAUUACCGGCAUGGCUUUCCGUGUCCCGACCCCCAACGUGUCCGUGGUUGACCUGACCGUCCGUCUGGAGAAACCCGCCAAAUACGAAGACAUCAAGAAGGUUGUGAAGGCCGCAGCUGAUGGACCCAUGAAGGGCAUUCUGGGAUACACAGAGGACCAGGUCGUCUCCACAGACUUCAACGGUGACCUCCACUCCUCCAUCUUUGAUGCUGGCGCUGGCAUCGCCCUCAACGACCACUUCGUCAAGCUGGUCGCAUGGUACGACAACGAGUUCGCCUACAGCAACCGUGUGUGUGACCUGAUGGCUCACAUGUCCACCAAGGAGUAAAGAAACAUCUGUUGCUCAUCACUGCACUACCCCCCCCACGUCGCCUGACACCAGAGUUAUACAUGCACAAUGAUGCGUUGUGUCUUUAUGACUGGUUCCUUCAAAAACAGCAAACCCCCAUCUGAUGCCUGAGGAAAGGUCCCACAGAGGGAAGAUGAAAAAGAUUCAAAUUGGUGACCAAUUACUUUUUUGUAUGUGUUAAAUUCCCUGUUCUGUUCUUGUGUGAGAUGAAGUGAGAGUGUCUGUCUGCGGCGCUUCUUCGGUGCUGCACUCAGUGGUGAAAUAAAAAGUCCCGUUUGUGAGAAUC